AUGGAGAUGGCCUCCACUUGCAGCAUCGAUCGUGUCUUACUUGAUCUAGAGUUGCUUCUGAACAAAUUCCGAUACCGGUAUGUUCCUGACGAUUUUAGUGUUGCAAUCAAACACAUGAAAUUUCUCAAAACAUUUCUUAUGUGUGCAAGAAAGUGGAGCCAAAGCAAUGAUUUGUACUUGGAAUCUGACAAUGUUGUGAAGAAGGUGAGUCUUUCAUCUUUCUUUUCUUGCAUUGAAGAUACCUUUCACAAAUAUGAGGAGGAUAUUCACUGUGGAAUAUUCCCCGAAAUUAAGAAACAGAUCAAAUUGCUUCAGCAAGAAAUCAUCCAAAAAAUCAUCCAUAUUGACUUUGCUUUGGCAAGCAGCAGGUCAUUGCAAUCAAAUUCUUGUAUGACAGAUGAUGAACUGUUGGAAUUCAUAGACCUCAUCCUACAAGAUCUAGCAGAUUUGACAAAUUACGCUAUGAGUUUCGAAAUUAGUGAAUCGUGUAUUUUGAGUGCUCAAGUCCAAGCCCUUGAAGCAAAGCUGACGUUCUUGAAAAGCUUCAUUCCCUUUGCCAAAAUGCGAGGAACUGCAGAUAUUCCUGCCUUGCUAUUGGCGCACUUUGAAGUGGCGGCUUUGAAAGCAGCACGCCUCUCUUACAUGUUUUCUUAUUGGGAUGAUGCAAAGGAAAUGCACUAUCCUGAGUUCCACUCCAUGAUGCAUGAACAACAACAGAAGAUCAGAGCUGUUGAUUUUCAAGUCUAUGAGAUUUACAUGGAAGUUCUUAGAGCUACAAGAUCCUCAAAAUCAUUGCAUAAUAGAAUGAUGGAUCAGCAGAUAUUGAACAACUUCAAUGAUUCUCUUACAGGUUGUCUCUGGGAGCUGUUCUGCUGCAGUUCAAGUUUUAUGGAUUCUAUGAAAGAUGAAAUGGUAAUACUCUAUGCAGGACUGAGAUUCUUGAGAAGCAUUUUAAGGGAGCAUCAGGAGAAAAUGGAUGAACAAAACGAAAAAAUUGGUGCUCUUCUUAGUGAGGCAGGCAUUAUAAUUUGCUCGCCUUCUCUAAACAGAGUGAAAGGAGGAGAAGUUAGCUUCUCAGAGUCCACAGAUGCCCUUGACUGUUAUGAUAUGCUGGCUAAGACCAACAUCCAUAUCAAGCAUUUUAAGGAUCAGAUCAGUGGCUCUAGCAUUAUUGAAAGUAUUCCUUCCUUUCAUAGCUUAAGAGCACCAGAAGUUAGCAAGACUUCCAGCCGCAUGCUAUCAAAAGGUAAAAUGCCAGUAACCCAUGAAGUCAUGGUUGGUCUUGAUGAUGAGGCAGCAAAAGUAAUUGACCGACUUGUAAGCGGAUCAAAACAGGUGGAAAUUGUUCCCAUUGUGGGAAUGGCUGGGCUUGGUAAGACAACUUUAGCCAAAAAAGUUUACAAUGAUAGGUCAGUAAUCUGUAACUUCCACAUUCGUCUUUGGUGUACUGUUUCUCAAGAAUUUAACAUGAAAAAUGUGUUGCUUCAAAUUUUGUGCUCUGAUGGCAAACAUUCUAGGAAGGAUGAGUUUCAAAAUCUGGAUGAACAUGCGUUGCUUGAAAAGCUCUAUCAAAGGCUAUUGAAGAAUCGGUAUCUUGUUGUUUUUGAUGAUGUCUGGGACAUUGAGGUAUGGAAUGAGCUGAGAAUUGCAUUCCCCAAUGACAAGAAUGGAAGUAGAAUCAUCUUUACGAGUCGAUUUUCUAAUGUAGCUUCAGAGGUUCAAUAUGGUGGAGAACCUCACUAUCUUCACCCACUCAGUGAGAAAGAAAGUUUUGAACUACUGCUGAAGAAGGUUUUUGGAGAAGAAGAUUGUCCUCAAGGAUUGCAUGGAUACAUGAUGGAGAUUGCCAAAAAAUGCAGGGGAUUACCAUUUGCAGUUGUUGUUGUAGCUGGAAUUCUAGCAACUAUAGAGCAUGAUAUUUUGGUUUGGGAAGAAUUUGCUGAAAGUUUAACUUCGACCACGGUGUCUGGUACAGACCAGUGGAAGAAGUCAUUGGAGCUCAGUUAUGAGCAUUUACCAUAUCACUUGAAGGCAUGCCUGCUGUAUUUUGCAGCAUUUCGAGAAGAUGAAAAAAUUGGUGCCAAGAAUUUGAUGCGCCUCUGGAUUGCAGAAGGGUUUGUGAAAAAAAUUGAAGGAAAGAGAUCAGAGGUCAUUGCAGAAGAAUAUCUGAUGGACCUUAUUGGUCGAAACUUAGUUAUGGUAAGUAAAAGCGGAUCCAUUGGUGGAGUCAAAACUUGUUACAUUCAUGAUUUGAUAUUUGAGUUCUGUAAGGACGAGGCGAAAGAAAAGAAAUUUCUUCAGGUCUUGCGAGGAUAUGAUGAGCUUUCUACCUUUAAUGAGCCUCCCAACCUACCUCGGUUGUCCAUUUGCUCCAGUGAAGAAGAUUUUAUAAAGUCAAGGCUAUUUUGUCCGCAUUUAGCCAGUCUGCUAUUCUUCCAUGCUACUCCAGGAUACAAGGAGUUUAUGUUGCAUAACAUUUCCUUCCUUUUUUGCAUCUACAAACAUCUUAAAGUUUUGAAUUUAGAGGGCAUUAACCUAUGGCUGAAGGAGCUUCCAACUGAAGUCGAAUCACUUCUUUGUUUGAGGUACUUAGCCCUUACAGCUUGGCACAUGAAAUUCAUUCCGCCAUCUAUAGCCAAGCUCUCACAUUUGGAAACCUUCAGUCUAAAUUCUCAUGCGAUGGUGUCAUUGCCAGAUAGCAUCUGGAACAUGAGGAAUUUGAGGCAUGUAUGUUUGAAGGGUGGCGUCGUUAUUGGUCUUUCUUCCAAUGACAACGUUGUUGAAAACCUCUCCAAUUUAGACACACUCUCUACUCUGUUUCUUUUUCUUGACGAAGGGGGAGAGAACCUGUUGAGAAGGAUUCCCAACGUUCGCCGACUUAAAAUUCGCAAUUUGGGGGGACAAAACAGAGUAUACUGCAACAUGAGUCAACUAGCAUGCCUAGAAUCACUCACCUGUUUGGGCCAUUACUGCCCAAGUUCAUGGGAACAUGUUGAGCCUCCCUUUCCCAUGAAUUUGAAGAAGUUGAGUCUUGGCGGUCUGGGUCUUCCCUGUAGAAAAAUGUCAUUGAUUGAACAACUACCCAAUCUUGAAGUCCUCAAAUUAAGAAUGCGGUCAAUGGACGGCCAAAAAUGGGAGCUGAUGGAAGGAGGAUUCCCUAAACUCAGGGUCUUGACUCUGGCAUGUGCCUAGAGUCACUCACCUUAGGGGGCUACCAGUUUUUCGGUUCACGGGAGCAUGUUGAGCUUUCUUUUCCCAAGAAUUUGAAGAAGUUGUCUCUUAAAAAUAUCGAUCUACCCUGUGGAAAAAUGUCAUUGAUCGAACAACUACCCAAUCUUGAAGUCCUCAAAUUAAGAGCCCAGUCAAUGGAGGGCCAAAAAUGGGAGCUGAUGGAAGGAGGAUUCCCUAAACUCGGGGCCUUGACUUUGGAAAAUGCAUGGAUUGUGGAGUGGACAGAGGCGGACCCUGACAGUGAUGAUUACUUCCCGUGCCUUCAGCAAUUAAAACUCCGAAGCAUUUCUAAAUUGGAAAUGAUGCCUGCUUGUUUAGGGCGUACAUCUACUCUUGAAACAAUUAAUGUGAGUUUUUGUGGAGAUGGCGUCAAAUCUUUAGUACGGGAAAUUGAAGAAGCACAGGAAUAUAAUGGAAAUGAGAAUCUGAAGAUCAUCAUCAUAGAUUGAGCUGGUGCAAUAUCUGGGAGUGUGAUGGUCAUCUGUGUGGUCUGGCUUUCUUUGGUGCUUUUGUGGAAGAUUGAGGUGAAAAUUGAAAGGAUCGAUGGCUCUUUUCUUGUCAAGACAUGGUGGAAACAAUCAAUUUAAUGAGAUUUGUACACCGUGCACCAUUUUAUCAAUAUGCACGGCCGCUUAAAGGUUAUUCAGAUAUUUUUGCUGUUGGUGUAUUUUGUGU